GGUACGGUUCGGAUCUCAAAAUGCCAGAGGAGAAGCCCCAUCCGGCGCCCGUGUGGCUGACCAAGGACUACGUGGAGGACAAGCUGCAAGUCUACUUUAAAAAUAAUUCCCUGCAGCUCGAGGAACUGGAGAUCAAGCCGGCCAUACCCAAUGGAGAAAACUACGCCAGCGUAAUGACCCGCAUCAACGUUGUGUAUUCCACGAACGAGUCCAAGAAAAAGAAGGCCACUAACUUCCUUGUGAAGACCACUUUUGCUAGCAAGGAUCCAGCUGCUCACGUACUCAUGCACUACGGAAUAUACACCCGGGAGAUGGAUAUGUAUGAAAAGAUCCUGCCAGAGCUAUCAGUUAUUGUCAAAGAAGAGCUAAAGGAUUCAAGACGAUUAUUCGCCGGCACUGUGAAUGUGGAUCGCGAACGGGACUCGAUUAUAUUCGAGGAUCUAUCGCUCGAGUACUACAAGGUGGCCUGCAGGUUGAAGAAGCUGGACCUGGAGCACACUCACCUAGUUCUCGAGAAGUUGGCCAAUUUCCAUGCUGCCGGAGCAGUUCUUGCAGAACGUCAGCCGGGUAUUUUUGCGGAAAACUUUGAUCGUGGAUUUUAUAAUAAACACACUCGUGGGUAUGAGCCCAUCAUGAGGAACCUACUGGAAGCCCUGUCCCGCUCCCUAGAGUUGCAGCCAGAUCUUAAACAACGUUAUCAAGCAAAGAUCGAUCGAUUGGUUGAUCGGGUAAUGGAUUACGGCGAGCAAUCGACAACAAUUAAUCCUGGAGAUUUUGUGACCCUGACUCACGGAGAUAUCUGGACCACCAACGUGAUGUUCCAGUACGAUGCAGAAGGUCGUCCCUCGAAUGCCAUCUUCAUUGACUUCCAGUUCACCGUGUGGAACUCUCCGGCCAUCGAUCUGCAUUACUUUUUCUCGACCUCGAUACACGAAAAUCUCCGUCUGGAAAGGCAAUCGGAGUUGGUGCAGUUCUACUUCUACAAGUUGGUGGAUGCCCUCAAGAAAGUCAAGUACUCUGGCAGGAUUCCCAGUUUAUUUGAGUUUCAGCGCCAAUUCCGUACUAAGGCUUUUUAUGCUGUGUUCUCCUCAUUAAUUUUCGAGCCCACAAUGGUUUACAACGGCAAGGAGGAGGCGUCCAUGGAACAAAUCAUAUCUAAAAGCGAGAAAGGAAUGCGAUUCAAAGAUGAUGUCUAUCGAUCGGAGAACAUCCAAAAGAAAAUGCAUCUUACACUGCCGUUCCUAGAUCAUUUGGGUCUGCUGGAUGAAAUGUAAAGUAAAAUAAGCAAUAGAGAAUGAUUUUCUAAUUUAAAUAAAGACAAGAACAAUUAUAUUUUAGUAA